AAAAGUGAGGUUAGGAAAUUUUCUUGUUUAUAAAACGUACGUCAAAAAAAGUUUACAAACAAACAGAGGAAAAGCGAAGAAAAUCUCAGUUUUUCCCAUUAUGGAAGCAAAAGAGGCAAAAGAGUGUAAAUAUUUCAAUAUUACCCAACCGAGGAAUAUCUUUGAUCUGCCCGCUGAGGAUUUUUUCGUCAAUCACCUUGCAAAGUACCUCACGCUGCAAGAUUUAUUCAUCCUUCGAUGCUGCUCACGAAAAUGCAAGGAUUUGGUGGACAAGAUAAUGGCUGGGAGGAAGGUUGUCACUGUAUGCAGCUGGCAGAUUAGUAGGGAUAUUGACGAGGUCCUACCAGCGCUCCACGUACUGGCUGAAUCAUGCAAAAAUAUCCAGAAAAUUCACUUAAUAGACAUUUGGUGGAUGAAGGAUGAACUUCUGCAGAGGUUCCUGGCCAAUAAUACAAAUCUCGAGGUGAUUGAUCUCCUUGGAUGCGGUGACAUUACGGAAAAGGGUUUCCAGGCAAUAAGCAAAGAUUGCUCAAAACUUAAGAGUUUAAUGGUGGAAAAUACGCGUUUUUCCAAUGCUGGCCUGGAUGCCUUCAGAUUGCACAAUAAUAAUCUCAUUGAAGUGAAUUUCUCGCAAUGCAACUUCUCCACAACAUGCCUCAAUGCCUUCUUUGCGAGUCAACCACAUCUCAGGACAAUCCUCCUCUGUGGAAUGUCCCGAUAUAAUGAUAUUAAAUCAAUCCUCCGUACAAUUGCUACAAGUUGCAGAAACUUGGAAAACUUGGAUGUUAGGUGGAAUGAGAAAAUUGACGAUGAAGACGUUCUAAAUAUUGCGGAAAAAUGCUCUAAAAUUAAGUAUUUAUUCACAAGUAGGAAUAAUUUGAGCGAACACACCAUUCAGUAUCUCAGGGAUAGAAAGAUCGGCGUUAUAUUCACGGGAAAUUCUUACGAGAAACAUCCUUUCUAUUUGGCUGGUGUUUUAGAACAUUUUUAGGUAUAAUUAAAUCGAAAUAAACCGGAUUUAAA